AUGAGCUCCGGCGGGAUCAAACCUGGCGUCGCGUCCAAGCCGGGACCGGGAAGCUUCCCGGCUGGUGCGCCCAGCAGCCAGGCAAUACUGCUCGAGAAGCUGAAUCGAAGGUCAACGCCAGAUUCGGAAGCACUGGCAAGCUCGGAUGACGAACCAGACACUCACCGUCAGGAAAAUCCGCCUGCGUCGGCCCAACCACCAAAACCCGUGCGGCGUGCGUCUUGGCUGAAUGACACUUCCCAGCCUGUUCCCCGUCAGAGGAAGGAAUCUUUCGCCAGCAGCUCAAUGUCACCGACAGCCUCCCACCCAACUACGCCUUCUGCGGAGUCAGGGGUCACGGCUUGGGGAUCACAUUCGGCGUCGGCUGCCGUCCUUGGCCGAGCUCACUCAGGAACUGGUUCAUUCCCUUGGGGAGCGGGGAUUUGGAAUGCCGAGAGGAAGGAGCCGCCGUCGCGUCUGACCGAAGUCUUACCUUCCCCGACUUCGGCCGUUCCGCCCGGAAGCGGCUCGUUCUUCGCUUCUGACGGUGGGCUGACACAGACCUCGCCUGCACCGAGAGAUCCUCCUAGCUCGCAGAUUCCAUUCGCAAUUCCCCUGCACCCGACGCCAAAGGCUUACCGUUCGCAAUCUUACUCGGUAGGCCAACUAGAGCCGGAGACCACUGCCACUUCGAUGGCUCCAUCUACGAUUCUGGGUUCUCGCGGUCGGCCGUUUCCGCAUUCUGGUCUCCAGCACCGCCCUUCUCGGCCUAGCAUGCUGAGUGAGAUGUCGAACGAUGGUACGAUGCUCGGAAAGGUGAACGAGGACGACGACGACGACAGCACUGGUUCGCUCCAGGGCAGUCAGCACCAAGAGCAGGCCAAGACCAUUGAGAUGCUCACCCGAGAGAACAUGAUGCUGCGCCAACAGCAGCAGUAUCAGAAUGCUCGCCUUCGCCCCCGGGCCUCUACAGCUUCAGUUUAUGGGCUGGGAAGUGGUUACUUGCAAGACCCUGUCCCUGAAGAGUCGGAUUACGCAAUCGACGAGCAUGACGAGGCGAAUGACGGAUCUGAUGUGGCAGCUAGAAGGAGCCUCGCACGAAGAAUGAGCGAAUAUGGUGUCGGUCCGUUCAGAUCCCCAUAUCAACUGGAGAACAGGAAACUGGAGAACGUCAAGAAGGCGUAUUGGCAAAGUUCACUGGGGUUUGGCGGACUGGGGGACUUGCCCCAGAGCAGGCGACACUCCUUUGCGGACGUACCAACGCGCCAAGCCUCGAUCAGCUCCAUCGGGGAAGCCGUCCAGGCGCAUGAACAGAUGGCCCAGGAUGUUGCUCAUUCACAGGAUUUUCUAACUGCGUAUCCCGACAACACCAAUUUUGCGAUCAAUAACCAAGUUUCCCCUUAUUUUACCGGUGGCCCGCAGCAGGGGCUUGCACAGACGGCAUACAGCAGCCACUAUCCAACACCAUACACCGGGAUUCCGAGCAGUUAUGCCAACCGACAAACCUCGCCCCACCGGAAUAUGUAUGGCAUGUCACAACCUCGUCACAACCAGUCGCUCCACAUUGUCCUUUUCAAAUGUGCCAGGGCAGAUGUAUUUUACAUUCAGGAAGGUACCGGCUUGACCGUCAAGCCUGGCGACCUGGUGAUAGUGGAGGCCGACCGCGGCACCGACCUCGGCACCGUUGCGCGCGACAACGUAGACUGGCAGACCGCCAAGGAACUCAAGGAACAUUAUGCCGAGGAGCAGUAUAGGUGGCUCAUGAUGUACUCCCAGAAUGCGGCCGCGGCCCAGGAAGGUUCCGGAGCUGGUCUUAUGGCGGCCUCUAACGGACUCCAGGGUAGUGCCGUUGGCGGUAUGGGCCCGCCGAGCCAACACCAUAUACAAGAACCCAAUGCCGGCGAACUGAAGCCGAAGCUGAUCAAGCGGCUUGCGCAAAGCCAUGAGAUCCAUGCCUUGCGGGACAAGGAAGGAAAUGAGGCCAAGGCGAAGCGUGUCUGCCAGCAGAAGGUUAAGGAGCACGGCCUUAACAUGGAAAUUUUGGACGCCGAAUUCCAAAUGGACUGGAAGAAGCUGACCUUUUACUACUUUGCCGACACCUACAUCAACUUCAACUCGCUCGUUACCGAUCUUUUCAAAAUCUACAAGACACGCAUUUGGAUGUCAGCAAUCAACCCUGCGUCCUUCGCCACUCCCACUCUAGGGCUCCAGGCUCCAAGCGGUGUUGGCCCCGGGGCGGUCGUCAACCGUGGGUCGGCUACGGCCACGCGCCGCCAAGAGGCGCAGCAAGACACACAAUCUACCUAUUCAGGAUCUGGUCAGGCAGGCCGCGGCGCUCAGUCGACGUUUCAGACCGGAUCAAACUAUCCGGUUCCCAGCUAUCCCUACAACCCAUAUGGCGCCUUCGGAACUGCCGGUCGGGCAGGGGGCAUACCGUACGCUCCCGGCACGGUCCAGGGCCUGGAUUCGUUCACGGGUGGCUUCACCCAAGGGGACUAUGCGGGGCGAGGGCGCUUUCCUAGCCCACAGUCCGCCGGAGUUGUGACGCAUGACCAGGUUGUGCCGACUCUUGGAACACAGCCAGAUUUGUUCGCAGCAUUCCAAGGCCUGUCGUUGAAUUCCCGCUAG